GCCAAUCAAAUAUAGAAGAGGAACAAGAGAGGAAGACACACUUACUGCCGACAGGCUCAGUGAGUUACACUGUCUGAGCAGAAACAAUAGAAGCUGUUUCCCCCUGUCUGUCAACAACAUGAAGCUGCUGAAAUGCAUUUUAAUUGUCCAACUGAGCUGUCUUUGUCAAGACCCAACGUAUGUCCAGGUGAGAGCAGAGGGAAAUAAUACAAGAGCCGAAAUACAAGAAGAAUUCAACAGUGACCCUUACGUUCACAGACUCGCUGGUAAAUGCAGCUUCACGCUCAGGAAGCGUGGACACAGGAGCAGCGAUGUGGUUGCAUUAGCAGCAGCCUCUACAGAUGAGCUGGUGGAACAGAUGUGUCAGGAUCUCGACUGUGACAGCGUCUUUCAUGUGAAUAAAACCAGCUCACCUCCCAAUGCCAUGUGCUUGCACGACUGUUUGUACCGAGAUGGUCGUUUGCAGAACUGCUCACAGAGUGUGGGGGGUAACUGCACCGUGAUCGCUGAAGCUGUUUGUGGCCGUCAGGCUGUGCGGCUGGCAGGAGGCUCAGGCCGCUGUGCUGGACGGGUGGAGCUGUGGAGACAAGGGAGGUGGGGCACCGUGUGUGACGACCAGUGGGACCUGCAGGAUGCCGACGUGGUGUGCGCACAGCUCGGCUGCGGUUACGCCCUACGUGUGACGGGACAGGGCGGCUCCUUCCCCCCCGGCAGAGGAUCUGUCUACCUGGACGAGCUGAACUGCACCGGCAGAGAGGAGAACCUGUGGGCCUGUCCGGCUGCACAGGACGAGUUGGACUGUGGACACAAAGAGGAUGCUGGGGUCGUUUGCUCAGAGAUGAGAGCAGUCAGACUGACUGGAGGUCAGGACCGCUGCUCUGGUAAAGUGGAGGUGCACCGUAAUGGCAGCUGGGGUACGCUGUGUGAUAACUGCUGGAAUGAAAACCUGGCCUCCAUGGUAUGCGCCAUGCUGCAGUGUGGUACCAAGCCACAGAAAUACACACAGUUUAUUCCUCCUCUCGCCCACAACAACGGGACACUGUGGUUCUAUAAAUGCAAUGAAAACACGCAGAAUCUGUGGCGGUGCAGGGAGUACGUCAACACACCACACCUGUGCAUUUCCUCAAAAGCAUCUGGCGUCAUCUGUAAUGGUUCCCUCGGCUUUAUUGCAGCCACCACAACCACCACAGCAAAUGCCACCAUGAUGACCAGCUGGACGACUGCUGCAACCUCAGUCCAUCGGGUUGAAGACUUCUCCUUACCGUCUCCAGAGCGUCUCAGCACCAUGACUCUGGCUCUUCUGCUCCUCGUGGUUCUCAUUACUAGCUCGGUGGUGUGCUGCUAUUACAGAAGAAGACACGCAUACUUGCUCCAGCAGACUCGCAGCGGCACACGCCCUCUCUCUGAACAUCGUCACAACAGCUACCAAGACGCUGUCGACCUCGUCAAGGUCACGUCCAACCCACUGCAGGCAGAAGUCCCCUCCAAUCACAGGUAUCUUUGGACGCAGCUUAGUAGUGUUGACAGCAUGUCAGUAGAUACAGACUAUGAGCAGUAUGAGCCAAGCAAUGACCCGGCUGUCCCUUUAUCAACCUUUCGGAAUUCUCAGAGGUACAGAACAGACGUGAACCCUUUUAUGAGGCCUUCAGGUCUCGACAGCCUGUUUGAGGAAGCCGCUGAACCCACACGUGAAGUGAUGGGAGUCUUUACAAGCUGUAAUGGCGGCCCUGCAGAGGCUCAAUAUGGCAGACUGUCAAAGAUCUCAGUGGACUCAUUUGAUACCUCCAGUACCUCCUCUGGGGAAAACGCAAACAACAGCUACGUCACGGUCUCUCCCGGUACAGAGCCAGCACCGGGCCAGCCACCUGUUGCUUUUGACCUUUCGAGGCCCGUCUACAGCAAAAUUCAACUUCACCCCAGACAAACAACGAACCUGCAGAAAUCAGAUGAUGAAGAUGACGGCCCCAUCUACUCCCCUGUGAGCCCCGACCAACACAGUUCAUCUGAGGAUGACUACGAUGACAUUGGCACCUUAUAGUAACUCCAGCGUACAGAAGCCAGAGUGUGGGACUGAAGCUGCACAACUGCACUGAAAGGAAACAUGUACUGUGAGACCGAACACCUGUUUAAACUGAACAUUUAGGUUAAAAGCUGGAUCAACUUGAUUAAAAAGUCUAGAUUACAUAUAAACAUUGUUUCAGCAGCAUGUGAAUGACUACACUUCACUGUGCGCAGAAGUUAACAGUGAAAUGCUGUUGAUACAUUUGUCAUAUGUCUAAUAUCUAAAAAUGUUUUGAAAUCUCUUAAGUGGUGCAUAUGAUGGUCAUCUGACAGCCAGAUGCCAUUUAUAGUUGGCUGUUAGAGACAUCACACGUGUGCCUUUUAUUUCUCCAAAAAUCAAACCCUGGAGACAAAUGAGAAGCACAUUUGAAUGUUGUGAAAAGUAAAAUGUGUGAUUUUUGCUCAUGUUUUGCAUUGAAAAGUUUCAGCUCACUCUGAAGUGUGUCAUGUCCCAGCGUCCUGGAAGUGGCCCUGCUUUCAGCUACAUUACAAAUAUCAUUUUACAAAAACAAACACGACAAAAUGUUCACUGGGAUGAAUUAGGCAUCUAAAGCAAGUUUCAAGUCUUUGCAACUUAACUUUUAGAGUGCACUGAGAUUAACCAAAACCACUGAAAUCAAACUGAGAAGUUAAAGUAUGUUUAGGUGUUGUGUGAAUGUAGAAGCACCUGUAACAUAUGCAUGUUUUUAUAUAUAUUGAGCUAAUUUGUUCUGUAAUAUCUGUAAUAACUAGUAUGUUAUCAAAUAAUGUGUAAAUGUUUGUCGUGGAUUUAAGUACAAAGUAUUGAGUUCUGUGCACUACAUGGCCAAAAGUAUGUGGACACAAAUAUUACACCCACAUGUGAUUGUUGAACACGUCUUUCUAAAACAUGGGCAUUAAUCUGCUGCUAUAACAACCUCCUCUCUUCUGGGACGGCUGAAUACAAGAUUUGAGAACCUGGCUGCAGGAAUUUGAUCCCAUUCAGCCACAAGAGCAUUAGUGAGGUCGGACUCUGACGUCGGGCUGUAAGGCAAGAGAAAGGCAGGGCGAUGUGUAAACUCAAUGUGCUUGUACAUUAACCAUUCACCUACCGCCUAAAGACAGUAAGGAACCCACAUCACAUGAUACAGACAGGAACAGACAUACAGUAACUAAUCAUGAGCCAGUGAAAUUGUAAAAGUUUUUAGUUUUCCCGCUCCAGUUCAUCCUAAAAGUUAAGUUCAGGCCAGUCAAGUUGUUCCACACCAAACUGGGAAAAAAACAUAUUUCUAUGGAGCUCACUUUGUGUUUAGGAGCAUUCUUAUAUUGAAAAUGUAAAAAGCCGUCAAACUGCCACAAAGUUGGAAACACACUAAAUAUCAUAUCAAUAUGUUUUGCAUUAGUAUUCCCUGAAUUGGACUGUAUCAAAAAACGACCCCAAACCAAAGAUACACAGAAGUAUGUUUGCUUAUUCUUUUAGCCAUAUAGUGUAUUCAAAUAAUGUGCAAAUGUUUGCAACACAUCAUCCUGUAGGCGUUUGUAAAAGUGUAGCCGAACUAUUGGGUUCUACCACACGGUGGCAGUCUAAGCUUGUAAGUAACUAAAGCUGCAGCGAAGCGCUCAUAAACUACAGAAAAACUUGUAAUACCAUAAAGUAUUUUCCAAAUAAAUGUUUUCCCGACUGUAACACGUUGUGACAAAUACCCAUUCGUGCUGAGCGAGGGAGAAGUCAAAACAAUGCACUGUGAAAAGGUUUGAGAGGGAAACUGGAUCCUGAUCGGGGGCCAACAUAAACCAUCAGUGCAGUUUGAAACCAGACCUGGCACGGCACUUCUUGGUCCAUUACAUGUGCAGCAGCUGCAGAGCAUCAACGCUUCCUCCUGAUCCUAAGUGAGGCCUUGAAUCAAAGUAAUGUCUUGUUUAGUAAAAGUAAAUAUGAAAACAGUUUCAAAAGCACCUGUAAAACUUUGAAUAGGAGACACCAGGGUGAAAACGGGAGUGAUGCUGCAGAAGACUGAUAACCAGCAGAAUUGGGUGUUUUUUGACUGGAAAGUAUUUGGCAAGUAGGAUGAGUGUGAGGAGGGGGAGGACGGGGGGGUGAAGCUGAGGAGAAAAGAAGUCGGCAGAGAUAAAACGUGUCUGAGAGAAUCAUCUAUUACACUCAAAGUUAGUCCAGAGCGCUGCAUCGAGAUAAACAGACGAAUUAACGACCAGAUCUCCUUAUGAAACUCAAUCUCUUUCACAUACCGGAGAAUCCAGCACACUCACACACACACACACACACACACACACACACACACACACACACACACACACACACACACACACACACACACACACACACACACACCACUUAACAGAUUCCAUCUAAAAGUAUGCAGUUUGAUAUACUGCAGAUCCUCCUCCAACAGUUUGCUUUUGUUUUAUUCUGCUGCUCCUAAAGAUCGAUAAAUCAGAAUCUUAAAAUCUGUGGAUUUACAGUCCUGAUUAACAUCAAGGGAAAUAAAUGUCGUACACCAGUAUUUCAAGUAGCUUGUAGUAUUUGAGGGAUUAGAAGAUCAAGCCUCUGUUUUUACUUUGUUCAUUAAAUCAGUUACACACAAA